AGGGCGAUGGACGAGGCUGCUGGAAAUGGGCACCUGGAAGUGGUGAAGUGGUUGCAUACGAAUCGAUCGGAGGGGUUACCGGAGUCUGUGGUGGAAGUCGCAGCAAGUGAAGGUCGACUGGAUAUGCUACAGCUUCUACUGGAGCAUGACGCUGGCCGUCGAUGGCGACCGACUGAAGCUAUGGACGAUGCCGCCGCCAAUGGUCAACUGGAAGCUGUGAAGUGGCUUCAUAACAAUCGAUCCGAGGGGUGCACGUCGAAGGCGAUGGACGAGGCUGCCGCAUAUGGGCAGCUCGAAGUGCUGAAAUGGCUACAUGCGAAUCGAUCUGAGGGCUACACGGACAGCGCCAUAUUUUACGCAGCUCGCAAUGAUCGUGCUGAGGUUGUAAAGUGGUUGGUAACCCAAUCUCCGAUGGAGUCGGCGGACGUUGCGAUGAAGCACGCUGUCGCCAACGGGAACCUGAAUUUGAUGCAGUGGCUUCACACAGACGCAAACGCUGAGUGCACUGCAAAAGUGAUGAUCUGUGCUGCGAAGCACGGUCAGUUGGCGAUACUCAAGUAUUUG